AAAUCUUUAAUUCAUGUCUAUAAAAUUACAUUCACCAUCUGGUUAAGGAAGAACAAAUAAAAUAUUAGUAGCAGCAAAGUUGGCUAACCUCCAAUUAGAAUUAGUUGAUACAUAAUUGAAUGACAAAAAUUACAAAGUAUUCUAAGAAAAAUUUCCAUUUGGAAAGGUGCCAGUAUUAGAAACCUAAGAAGGCAAUCUUUUUGAAAGCAAUGCUAUUCUUAGAUAUAUAGCGAGACAUUCAUAAGGAUUAUAUGGGUAAUAUAAAUAAUUGAAAUAUAGAAAAACACUUUAUUAAUAAGGAUUAGUUGAUUAAUGGUUAGAUGUAACAACAAAUGAAUUAGAAUGUGAUGUUGUAGCAGCUACAAUAUAAAUAUAAGGUUAGAUUCCAUCAUUUCCUACUUAAUAUUAAACAUCUUUAACUUAAAUUACUCAUACAUUAUCUAUAGUGAAUAAUCAAUUAGGAAAUUCUAAAUAUAUUUCAGGAGAAUCAUUAACUGUAGCAGAUAUUGCUUUAGCAUAAAGUGUUACAGUUGCUUUUACCUUUUUGUUAGGAGAAUAAGAAAGAAAUAAAUAUUAAAAUUUAUUAAAAUGGUUGAAUGAAAUUAAUUCACUUCCUGAAUGGAAAGCAGUAAUUUAGAAAAUUAUUAUUUUUAGGAAUUUGGUAGACCAAGAUUCCCAAAGAAAGCAUUCACUUUAAUAGUAGUAAUUGAAGAAUAAAAAGAUAAGAAAGAUAAGAAAGAUAAAAAGGAUAAGAAAGAUAAGAAAGAGAAAAGUUAAGAAUAACCAAAAUAGAAAGAGUAAUAGGAAUAACCAAAAUAAAAGGAAUAAUAGGAGAAACCAAAAUAAUAAAAAGAUUAAACAAAAUAAUAAUAAGAUUAACCAAAAUAAUAACCUAAAUAAGAAGAAGAUGAUGAUGUACCAAAAAAGAAAGAAACUAAUCCUUUAGAUUUAUUACCACCUUCAACUUUUAAUAUUGAUGAUUAUAAGAGAAUAUUCUUUGCAGAAAAGGAUAUUAAUAAAAAUAUUGAAACUCUUUUUUCAACCAUAGAUUUAAAUGGAUGGUCUUUAUGGUUUGUGAAAUAUAAUAAAUCAGAAAAUGAAGGAAAAUAAUUGAUUCUUACAAAUAAUUUAAUGAAAGGAUUUAUAAACUAAAGAUUAGAUUAAAAUUUCAGAAAAUAUGCUUUUGCAAUUCAUGGAGUUUAUGGUGAUGAACCUAAUCUUUUCAUAAGAGGAGCUUGGUUAUGGAGAGGAACAGAAGUACCAAAAGAAUGGGUAUUUAUUAUUUUAAUAAUGAAUUUAGAAAGAUCAUAUUGCAUAUGAUUAUCAUGAAUUUAUCAAAGUUGAUGUUUAGAAUGAAGGUUAAAAAUAAUUAUUUAUUGAUUAUUGGGUUAAAUAAGAAGAAGAUGUAUCAGAAGUUGAAGGAUUAAAAGCCAGAAGUUUAAUGUAUUUCAGAUGAGAUUUAUAUUAAUAUAACA